UCCCUGGACACGUGUAACCAUCACAGUGGUUUGGAGCAAUUGCUGUUGAACAGACUGAAUGCUUCACGGGAAAUAGCCCCAGUAAGCCUCCCGAACUGCCGGCUCAUUAAAGGGAUCGAAACCGGUUCAGAAGACAUCGACAUACUUCCCAAUGGCUUGGCUUUCAUCAGCUCCGGCUUGAAAUAUCCAGGAAUAAAGAGCCCUGCACCAGACAAGCCAGGUGAACUAUUUUUGAUGGAUUUGAAUGAAGACAAUCCCAGAGCAGUGGAACUGAGAAUCAGCCGAGGGUUUGAUCUGGCAUCGUUUAACCCUCACGGAAUCAGCACCUAUGUAGACAGAGAUGACACCGUGUACCUCUUUGUUGUGAACCACCCCCAUCAGAAAAGCACAGUAGAAUUGUUUAAAUUUGUAGAAGAUGACAAUUCUCUUGUACACCUGAAAACCAUUCGACACGACCUUCUGACAAGUGUGAAUGAUAUAGUAGCUAUGGGACCAGACAGCUUCUAUGCUACCAAUGACCACUACUUCUCUGACUUCAUCUUGAUGUUCUUGGAGAUGUUCUUGGGUUUAACAUGGUCAAAUGUUGUUUACUACAGCCCAAAAGAAGUUAAAGAAGUAGCAGCUGGGUUUUAUUCAGCCAAUGGAAUUAACAUUUCACCUGACAGAAAGUACAUAUAUGUUGCAGAUGUACUUGAUCAUAAUGUCCAUGUUAUGGAAAAACAUGCUAAUUGGAAUUUAACCCAUGUGAAGACGCUGCAGCUGGACACUCUGGCCGAUAACUUGUCUAUUGACCCUCACACUGGAGACAUCUGGACAGGAUGUCAUCCCAAUGGGAUGAAGCUGUUCUACAAUGAUCCCGAAAAUCUGCCUGCCUCUGAGGUCCUGCGCAUCCAGAACAUCCUCUCGGAGGAGCCUGUGGUGACACGUGUCUACGCCGACGACGGCUCUGUGCUGCAGGGAAGCUCGGUGGCAUCCGUCUACGAGGGAAAACUGCUCAUCGGCACAGUCUUCCACAGAGCGCUCUACUGUGAGCUAUAGCUCAUCUCGCGGGUAAGAUCUGCUGCAGUGGAAAGGAUUUAAUUCCUUGGGAACUCACUUAGCUUCUGCUAGAUUUGCUAACAAGAAGACUGUUCCAAUAAAGGUUAACUAGAAUCAUGGAAAUGUAUUUUAGCCUUCCUCUCCAAAAAGAGUUUUACGCCAUAGUAAAGGAAAUUGGAUUGAAGGUGAGAAAUGAGAGUUUGUGUAAUGUGGAGGACCCCACGUCAGUAACAAAGGGUGGCCUUGAAGUUCAAAUUCAGAUUACAAAUGACUAAACUGUCAGGCAUUGAAUUAUCUGUUGCGACUGGAUUUCUGUUUUUCCCCAGAGAAAACUGAUUUUGUAAAUGAGAAUUGCUAACUACCAGGGUGGUGUGCUUCCUUGUCACCGACCCCUCGGCUUUCCCAGGGACUGUGCUAAGGGUUCUUCUUCUCAACCUUCCUGUUGGCUUUCCCUAGGGCUUCCGAAAUAACUGGAAGGAGAAUAAAUGUUAUUUCAGUCU